CUGCUCGAGGUACUGUCGUUCAUGGACUAUCAAAACAUGUACUCGUCUUUCGGGGACGAGUCUGCUGCUCAGAAUCCCUCAGACAAUCCAGCCAGCUCAACCCCCAAUUUCAUGCAAUUUGUGCUGUCGUCUUUUCCCAAUCUCGCCCAUCCUGGUCCCGCUCACCAACCGAACUCUUCCGCGGCGACUGCUCAGAGACCGUUCCUAACUCCUGUGCACCAACCUUCCCCGACCGCGUCCAAUGAACGUUCCACUACCACUUGGACCGAAGCAGAGUGGCAGAAAGUCUACAGCAACACACCUGAUGGUGUUGCCGAACUACGUGCACGAUGGGAGGCCGACUUGAGCCGUACUGAAUUGCCUCCUCCGCCACCUGAAGUGCAUGCUACCAAACAAGAAGGCAUUGAUAACUUUGCAAAGGAUCAUGGGUAUGUCCUGGUCAUUGGUCAUUCAUACAAGGACAAGGUCUUGUUGACCUGCGAAAUGGGUGGUUACUUUCGCGACCAUUUCAAAAAGAAUCCAGGAACCAGAGUGCGUAACCGCAUGAGCCGAAAGACUGGGUGUCCAAUGAAGAUUCUCAUCUCCAAGCGACGUUUCUCUGACGAAUGGGUAACGGUGAUCAAGGAUCACAAGCACAAUCACGGUGCCUACAGGGCCAAGGUUACACUUACCGCUUCGAAAAUGCCCGAACUAGAGGAUGCUUUGCAUGAAUGGCACAUGGCCGAGAUUGCAAGGGGCGAGGCGGUGCACGGAAACACACUCAAAGCCAGGGCGUUGGCAAUGUAUGCCGAGAUGCCACAAUAUCGCGGCAAGUCUCCUCCAAACCUUGACAGAGACUGGCUCGAUCAAUACCGUAUGCGCUACAAUCUUCCUGGCAAGGUAACAAGGCCACCGAUACCAGGCAUUGUUAGAGGUCCCAACAACCCAGAGCCCACACCAAUCAAUGUCGAAGAUCAGAUUCCUCUGGAACCUCCAGCUUUUGCCGACUUGGAAGGAAUAUUUCCAUUGGAGCAGAAUCUCUUCUGGCCUACCAAGCAGUUUGUCCAGGAGUACAUGUCCCGCUACGACGCCUCGCACGACUUCAAGCACGUCACACGAGUCUUUGCCCUUUCAAGACGCAUUCUGGAACAGGAGACACAGUCGUUCCAAGGAGUUUCGUACGAUCCACAAGCCGUUCUCCUUGCUGCCAUGCUGCAUGAUGUCGGUGAUCACAAAUAUCACAAACCAGGGGAGAAUCCAGAGAAUCAGAUUGCGGAGCACCUUCUGGAGCAUGGAGCAAAUCCAGAACUUGCGAUGAAGGUUCAACUCAUCGCUAAGAAUGUGUCAUUCUCCAAUGAGGUUAAGAACCCGCGUAUGAUGAAAGCAGUGCUAGACCAGCAUCCGGAGCUGGCCAUCGUACAAGACGCCGACAGGUUGGAUGCGAUCGGUGCGGUGGGCAUUGGAAGGUGCUUUGCUUUUGGUGCAGUUAAGCAAUCAGACAGGGGAUUGGACGGAAGCAUAGAGCAUUUCGUCGAGAAGCUCGAGAGGCUUGAGAAUAUGAUGAAGAUCUUCAGACAAUGGUGGGAUGAAGAGACGUCGAUGCAGAUUUGA